AUGUCAUCUACAGAAGAAUCUACUCAAGAACCGAUACUUGAUGGAAUUGAAACCCAAGACAUUCCAGAAGAGUAUGAUGAUACAACAACGACCAUAGUUGAUUACCCUACUUCAUUUAAUUAUCUAGAUACAAAAGAUAGUCCUGAUAUUCGAAAUGCCAAGUACAAGUCGCCAACUGAUCAUUUAAAUUGUCCUAUUUGUCAACAACCAUUUAUUAAUCCAUUAACAACUAUUUGUGGUCAUACCUAUUGCAAAGAAUGUAUAUAUGAAUGUUUCAAAAUGGCCAAAUCAAAUAGUAGCAGUAGCAGUAGUAGUCGAACUGAUGAAUUAACUGGAUAUUGCCCCUUGGAUAGAACACCUUUAGAUGGAGCCAAUAUCAAUGAUUUGUUCCCGACCCCAUUAAUAAUAACAAAUUUAAUAGAUGAACUAAAAGUUUAUUGUGCCAAUCAUGAACGAGGUUGUGAUUGGGUGGGGACAAGAUGGGAGUUAGAACAUCAUGUUAAAGAUAUUUGUCAAUAUACUGGAAUACGAUGUAAUGGUGUAAGAUCAGAUGGGUCAAUUUGUCAACUUAUUAUUGAACGAAGGUUUGAAGAUAAAGAAUCGUCCAAAUGUGUCCACCUAAUAUUUGAAUGUGAAUUUUGUAAAACAAAGGUCACGAAAAUAACUCAAACCAAACAUCUUGAACAAGAAUGUUUAUUUAAUUAUAAAACUUGUGAAUUAUGUGAUAAUGAUAUGAUACCAGAGAAAAAUAUGGCUAGACAUCAAGAAAAUUGUCGUAAAAUCGGUAGAUUCGUAUGUCCAGCUCAUGAAAUUGGAUGCAAAUGGAUUGGAACCAAUGAAACUUCAUUAGAACUUCAUUUAGAGAAUAAUUGUCAAUUGUAUCAUUUUUUACCCACUUAUUCAACAAUGAAAGAAAAAAUGGAUUCAUUGGUUUUAGAAAAUGAAACAUUACAAAAGCAAAUAAACAAGAUGUUAGAUUCAAUUAUUCAAGGGAAAAUAACCAAUUUAGGGUAUAGUGAAUCAAUUGAAGAAAUCAACAAGUUUGAAUCUAUAGAAGAUCAAGAUAAAUUAGUGUAUUUGAAUUUUGAAAUCGAUCGAUUAAAAUAUGAAAUAAAUGAAAGAAUUAUCCCAUUUAUGAAUAAAUCAACCGUCAAUGAACGAGAAAAUAUCAUGAAUAAUUUGAUCAAUGAUAAUUUCAUGAUUAGAGAGGAUAUGAAUGUACAACGAAUGAUGAUUAAUAGUUUGAGAAAACAAUUGCAAUUUUUGCUAUUUUCCAAGAAUAGAAACACUACCCUAGGCGGCAAUGCUAAUAAUAUGUUUCCAACUAUGUUUCCUACUGAAGAACUGGGAAUAGGAGAAAUUUAUGAAACAGUUUCUCGAAGUAAUUCUGAAGAAAGAUUGAAUUUGAAAUUAUAA